GUUUUAGGGGUUUCAAUGAACCAACAGAGACACCUUAUUGUGAAAGGAGGUGGGCGGAAGUUGCGGUUGAUGUUGUUGAAGUUCCGCCAUGCUAGUUCCGGCUCACGCGGGGGUAGAGUGAGUGAACUGUUGGUCAUGAUGCUGGAGAGGAGCAGUCUGGUGACCGUGGUGGCAGAUCUCUUCUUCCGCAGGAGACAUCGGCCUGAGGAGGAGACGAUCCACUGUCUCUGUUCCAGAGCCUUCGUACAGGACCGAGACCUUUACCGCUCUGAUAACAGACUGCUGAGCUUUGAACUAGCGGAGACUGCAGUGCAAGAGGCAGAUGAUGAUGACCAGGAAGAAGAAGUACAGGAAGAGGAGGAGGUUCUGAAUGAAGAGGAGCAGCUAAUGGCCAGCAUGGGUCUGCCUCUGGCCUUCAGCAGCUCCUCUGACCAGAGGAGAGCAGUGAGGAGGUCUGACAGGAAGCCUGCCACAUACACGGUAGAACAAGCUGAGGAAGAGGAAGUAGAGCUACAGGUUGACAACAAAGUUAAUGAGAGGCAAGUGUGCGAUUCACUUGAGGAAGGAGCAGGAGGGAUCCAAGAUGCUGGCUGGGCAACCUACUGGGCUCAACAGGGUGAAGCGCUGCUGUGGAGCAGCUGGCUAGAGAAACAUCCAGAGAGUGAGCUGCUCUCUACAGAAGACCAAGGAACAGUAACUGCUCCUUGGGACAACCCAGAAACAAAAGCUGUGUGGGACGAACAUGCUGCAGACACCUACUCCUCCUACUGGGUGCAGUAUUCCUACUGGGCGGGGCAGGGCUGGACCACUGACCAAUCCGUCUGUAAUGGGAACACAGGUUUAGAGAUACACUCAGCAGAGUGGAAGGAGAGACAGACUGGAGAUGAGAGCCAACGUAGAGAAGAAGUAAAAGCCCUUCAUGAUGAUGUUGAGGUUUUGAAAUACCUGCUUGGCCAGAAGUGCACAUUAGAGACAAAUGGGAGCUCAGUGAGGGACUCCGAGAUACACAGAGACUGUAUGAAUGUGGCUGAUACCAGAGAGCAGUCAGAGGAUCAGCUCUGUGGCUCUGACAAUCCUUCUGAUGGUGGGAAUCAACGUAAAAGACCUGCUGCAUCCUCUCAGCAGAACACAGCCAAACAGACAGAUUCCAAGCAAGUUGUUAGCAGCCUUGACCAACAGCAUGGCUCAAGGAAUAAGAUGUCAAAUAGAGAAGAUGGCGACGAUGACGACAAACCCCCUGAAGAAGGACAUGCCAAAGUCAAACGCAGUCCUGGCUAUAGAUAUUGACCCAGUGCGCUUAAGCUUGGCUCACCACAAUGCUACAGUUUACGGCGUGGACAACCAAAUUGACUUCCUCCAAGGGGACUUCCUCCAGCUGGCAUCCCAUCUAUGCGGCGAUGUGGUCUUCCUGUCACCACCGUGGGGAGGACCAAACUACCUAACUGCUGAUGUGUUUGACAUCGGGACCAUGAUGCAGCCUGGUGGGUUUGAGAUUUUCCGCCUGGCUAAACUGAUAUCAGACAACAUAGUAUAUUUCCUGCCACGAAAUGCUGAUAUGGAUCAGAUAGCCUCUCUGGCUGGUCCAGGAGGAAAGAUGGAGGUAGAGCAGAACUAUCUCAACAACAAGCUGAAGACAGUGACUGCUUACUUUGGUAGUUUGAUCACAUCAGAUAGCCAGUGAAGCAUUUCCUCCAACAAACAAAAAUCUGUUCUCACUCUAGAUCUCUCUUUCUACUUGGGCCUGUCACAUUUGAUUCACUCCAGGGAUCUAUUCCUCAGUUUGACUUGUGUUGUUGAAGUUUUUUAUACUGAUUUUUGUAAAGAGCAAACUGAAUCUUGUGAUUGACAGUUCCAGUUUUAUUCAAUUCAAUUUUAUCUUUUUUAUUGUAUGUUAGAAUCAAUAAAAACAUUUUCAUAA